GGAAAUAGAGAGAUUCCAAAGCCCCGAUCCUUUUAAUAACCAUUGUACCAGCCAGAGAGUCUGACGCAGGCUGGAUCUUAGUACACAGUCUGGGUUGUGGCAGCCUCCCCACCAACUAGAAACCCACCUCCACCCCCAUCCAUGGAAAGGAAACGCCUAAAAAAAGAGAUCGAAAAACUCUUGGGAGAUUAUGUUGGCAUCAGACUUCGGGAAAAUGAAUUCGACCCGAAAGGAAGACAGCAGCCCACCUUUCUCGAUGAUAUGGCUCAUUACGACUUGGCCAUCAGUGUUGCUUUACUGUGGCUGAAUGAUUCAGAAGCCCAAAGUCCUUUGGCAGAAGGGAAAAGGAAUUUGCCGCUUCACAGCAGAUACAUCUAUCCCAACCGAAUUGAGAGAGAAGCCAUGAUUUUAUCAUUUUACGCUGGGACCUUAAUGAAGGUCACAAGAGCAAAUGUCAGACUAAACCCCUUUCCUGACCUGCUUUCACAGAACAGCAUCCCCAUUGAAGACGUCUUUGGGAUUUACAGCACGGGGCCUUCGGCAACACGCUGGCACCGCUCUGCCAAAGGUCACUGGAUUCACCCUUUCAACCUCUCUUUGCAUCCUUUUGCCAUGCUGACAGCCCCGAAAGCUGCAGAACAUGCCUGGAAACAGAGUGUCAAGUUUCAAAAGGCAGCAGCAAAUCAACAUGCCACCACCAAUUCAACUAGAACAAAUAAGGACGGCAAGCGAUCAGAAUCUCCAUCAACAGCAAAACAGUCAGACAACAAAGGGGCUAGAAAACAGCUUAAGCAAGGAAUCUUUCCAGAGGACCUUGCACCGAAGAGUGGAAAGGAAGCAGAGAUGUAA